UUAGAGGUCUCUCUUCAACGAAAGGGGCGUGGCUUGGCAUGCCCUAGGCAGCUGUCAACAAUUCGCUUAAAAGUAACCUCAGUUGCGGCCAUUCUGUAACCUUUACCAGACCACAAUCCCCAGUGUUAACCUGAGAUAGUGUUUUACUCAAUUGAAAUAAGCCAAGCAAUAAUUUUCAGCAUGGAUACUCCAGUCUUAAAGACCGGAGACGAGAUUCAAGCCGAAGUCUUCAAGUGGCUGAAAACAACUCGCUACGCGUCCACACCACUCGAACCACUUACUGGGGGCUUCGCAAAUUUCAUUUAUAGAGCGACUCUCACCUCUCCACUCGAAGACGGCUCAACAGAAGUAGUGGUCAAGCAUGGAGAACCAUAUAUGGCCGGUGCACCAGCAAACAAGAUCAGCAUUGCUCGAUGUAACAUUGAAGCAGAAUGCUUCAAAGCACUCGCAGACUUCACGGUCACUGAAGAGGUCGCCGCUCCUACAUCACAGAGAGAUGUGACAUUUCGAACAAGUGUCAGAACGCCAAAGGUGUUUCUUUACGAUGCCUCAACGAACACGCAAGUCAUUGAGUACCUCCCCAACUAUGCAAACCUAAAAGACUACAUCUGCUCGCAUAUCAACUCAGCCACUUCUUUUGAAAUGAUGCCUCAUUGCCGCGCUCUUGGCAAGGCAAUUGGGCAGUACAUAUCUGCUUUCCACAAGAACAGCGACGUGAAAUUACGCGAGACACUCCGCGGCAACAGGCAAAUGCAGAGCUUAAAGCAUAUGAUCAACUACGACUGGAUGAUUGACCGCGUCGAUCAAUUUCCAGACAUUCUAGGAGGUGCAAAGUCUGUUCUGACAGAAGUAAAAGAUAUGGCUCUGAAAGAGCUGGAAAAUGAGGGUGAUCUAAGUUUCAUCCAUGGCGAUCUCUGUCCAGGAAACAUACUCAUAACCAAGGCUCCCCUCCAACACCUCUCCAAUCGUAACAACCCCGUCAUCAUAACAGACUGGGAACAAGCCCAACUCAACUCCCCGUCUCUUGAUCACGGCGAAAUGCUCGGUGAACUAUUGGCAUUCCAUCUUUACAGAAGCUUUGAUACAGGACUCUGGAUAGCUCAAGGCUAUGUGGAUGGACUUGGGAAUUUGAGCGAGGAGGAGAAACGGAGGAAUGCGCUGCAGGUCGGAGUGCAUUUGCUUGCUUUUGGGCCGAUUGCGGGGUGGGUUAUGGAUGAUGACGAGGGGAAGAAUUUGAAAGAGAGGGUUAUGGGGGUGUCUAGGGAUUUGGUUGUUAAUGCUUGGGAGAGGAAUGUAAAGUGGUUUAGAGAGGGUGAGGGGAACGUCUUUGGGUUUCUGAUUUAGUGAGGCGGGUGGAUCUAUUAUCGACUUGAGGAAAUGAGAUUAGCUGGAUCUCAAAUUACCUAACAGAACUGUCGUGUGUAAUUUGUCUAGAAAUGUCGACAUUUGACUCCGACAGAUUCGGAGCAGCUGGAGAGCAAGAAACAUGCCUGCC